UUCUUUAUUCCCCAAAUAAUUUCUAAAACAAUUUAUCAGAUUUUAUUUUGAAAGUCAAUAACAGAAAAUUAAUAAACACGGGGGUAUUUAAUAUCUAAAGUUAUGGUGUUUACAACAGUGGCUAAUUUUGUAAGAAGUAGAGGUCCAGAUGAAUUUUGGAGAAAACGAAAAAUACUAAAGCUUGCAGCACAUUACAUAGGAAGGAGAAGAAAUUGCUACAGUAUAGCAAUUAAAAAUGUUCAUCGUGCUCUAGUGUAUGCCACAAAACAUCGACAAUUGAGAAAAGAGAAUAUGAGACAGUUACAUGAAACCAGAAUAAUUGCUGGUUGUGAACAACAUGGUAUAAGCUACAAAAACUUCACAAAUGGUCUUAUGAAAUCUAAUGUAUUACUAAACCGUAAAUCCUUAGCAGAUUUAGCAGCUUGGGAGCCUUUUACCUUUAAAGCUUUAACAGAUAUUGCAAGGCAAAAAUGCGUUGAAGAUGGUGUAAAUAUUGAUCUCAGUCCUCAAAAGUCAGUAGAUGUUAUAACAAAGGGAAUGUUAAAAUAAUUAUAGCUUUUUCUGUUAUGUAAUAUUUAGUAUGAUACUAAGUGUUGUAUUUUUAAAUACACUAUUCUUUUUUUAUCUAUAAUCUCCCUAGGUAUUAAAAAGGCAAAAUGUUGAAUAAAUUCAAUCCAAGCAAAGUA